GUCAGUCUUGGGCAAAUGUUUGGGCUCCGCCAAACACCGAUCGCCGCGGCCGGAUGUCACUAAGAUACAGGUCACUGUCGUACAAGGCCUCCGUUUUGCCAACUUCUCCUAUUUGUUUGAUCGUCUUAUCGGAAGAAACAGAAACAUGCAGUCUGGGCGUGGGAUACAAGCAGAUUGUGCCAAGCAGCCGCCACCUCUUGGAACUGAUUAUCCCUAUCUUCGUAGUGGAGCCGCUGCAUCAGCGGGUGAGGCUGUGUCAAGGUAACGAAGCAACAUGCCCAGAUAACAUCAUUGCCAUGGCGUCCGUCAGCGUAGAUGCGUACACGCUGUAACAUCCCAAGCCUGGUCGUCGCGUACCCGUCCGGGUCGUUCCGAUGGCCGACUUGUGCGUGUGACAAUGACGCGGCGUGAUAAGGGUGAGAACAUCUAGCCUUCAGAGGAAUGCGCGGCAGUGGGGGUG